AUGGGAGCACUCGGUUGUGAGGGGCCAAUGAAGGGUGACAUCACAGUAGAUCGGGUCUACUCGUCAGAAGCUCGCCUAAAUCGGUGGGCCACCGUGGUGGUGCCCCUUGGGCGAGGGCCCACUGUGGCCGGACCCACUGUGCCCGGAGCCGCUGUGUCCGGGGCCAGUGUGUCCAGGGCCACUGUGGCCGGGCCCAGGAUGGCUGGGUCCGUAGCCGUGGCCGCCGCCGUGAUGGCCGCCAUGAUGGGAUGGAAGGUUCUGGUGGGGAUGGCUGACCGGUUCACAACAGCACGGGCAGCAGGCUCGACAACGUCGGCAACAACCGCAGUCCGGAUCACAACCACAACACUCGGGGCAACCAUAGCAACAGCCAUUGCAACACUUGCACUGUUUAGCGCAACUUUUGCACAGAGAAUGGCAACACUUCUCGUCGCAACAGGGACAGCAGACGUCGAGAGUGGAGUCGCAACACUUGCAGCACCAAUUGCAACAGCCUGCGCCCUUUUUCCCUUUGAUACAGCAACCACAACAGGCGCCGCCCAUCGCGCUGGUGCCCACGACGCCGGCCACAGCCGCCGCCAGCUUCACGGAGGCUGGCACCAUCAACAACGUGCUGACUGGACCCAACAGGCCGGUCGAAUUGCCGCCAAGGAGGGUAGAGUUGGUGGUGUCGUCGUCGAGGCCGGACUGGACCGCAGACACGGAAGGGUCGCCGGUGACCACAGAAGCGGCGUACACCGUCAAGAACUCUUCAAUCGCCAGCAGAAUCACUUCACCGGUCAGGCGUGUGGAGCAAUCAUGUGA